AUGGCAAACACUCUUGCCGAGCAACCGGCCGACAAGGGCUGCUCACGUGCGAGUUGUUGGGAGCCUCAGUCCCGGAGCGACGUGCAGAGAGAGCAAGAGCGGGACAAGGCGCGCGCGAAGGCGACGUCGGCCUUUUACGCGGGCAUGAAGAGGUGCUCCAAGGGCACCGGGUUCGUCCUGCCGGACGGGCUGGGUGGGCCGCAGUUCCUGAUCACGGACUGGGUCACGGGCGCGCCGCGGGCUCGCAGGGCAACGGACAACAUGAUUGCCAACAUGGGCCGGGCGAAGCGGCGAAAGUACUUCCGCAAGCUCGGGAUAGAGAUUGAGGAUCCCGGGUCCUCUGUGGAAGAGGGAUCUGCGGAGGAGGAUGGAGGGGAGGUGAAGGAAGGGACUGGGACGGGGGAGAAAGAGAAAUAG